CGCCAAGCGACGUCACGAAACCGCAAGAACUGACACGUCAUAGUGACGUUUACGCACUACUUAUGCUAAAUUAUGCCGAUCAAAACGGGAAACAUCGCGGAAUCACCGGCGAGUGACCCGUUCCGUUUGGAAUCAAAAAUGGCGGCGUUCUUGCUGGUGCUGGCGGCGGCGGCUCGUCAGCUCGGGCGGAGGCGCGGAAGGAGGGAGGCCGAGGACGCGUUUGACAUGCCAGACGACGUGUUUCGGCAGCACUUUCGUCUGAGGAAGGAAACUGUGCGGUGGCUGUGCGACGAAGUGGCGGAGGAGCUCGGAGGCGUGCGAUCAACAGCGCUGUCGGUGGAGCGACAAGUGUUGUGCGCGUUGCGUUUCUUCGCGACGGGCAGUUUUCAGGGGUCCGUUGGGAGCGAGGAGACGAUAGGCGUGACGCAGCCUGCGGUCAGCCAGUGCGUGCGACGCGUGGCGGAGGCAAUCGUCCACGCCGGGACUCGCAACAAGUGGAUCCACUUCCCGAGGACGUCGGCGGAAAAAGCGGCCGUGAAAGAAGGGUUCCUUCGACGCGGCGGCAUUCCCGGCGUCAUCGGCUGCGUGGACGGCAGCUUUAUUGCCAUCAUCGCACCGAAGGGCGACAACAAGGCGGCAUACAUGUGCCGCAAGGGCUUCUAUGCCCUUAACAGCAUGUUCAUUUGCGACGCAGGCAUGCGGAUUCUGGCCGUCGACGCUCUGCGACCGGGGUCGGAUCACGACGCAUACGUCUGGAGAACGACGUGGUUGCGUCGUCGUUUCCAGGAGGGACAUAUUGCCAAGGCCGGCGAGCACCUCCUCGGUGACAGCGGCUACCCCCUGGAACCAUGGCUCCUGACUCCGGUCCCAGGCCAUCCUCCCGCUCACACUGCAGAAGGCAGGUACAACACUGCACACGCUUCCAUGCGGUCCGUAGUGGAAGGCUGCAUUGGACUUCUGAAGAGCCGCUUCCGCUGCCUUCAGAGGUACCGUGCCCUCCACUAUGAACCAGACCGCGCAGCCAACAUCGUUGCAGCGUGUGCAGUGUUGCACAAUUUGUGUCUUGAUGAAGGUGACAGUGCGUUUGAUGAGGUUGAUGAUGAUGACAGCAGCAACAGCAGCAGUGACGAUGCAAACGGUGGCCCCCUCCCACUUGUAGUUCCCCGAGCGAGGGCAGCACGCAUAAUGUACCUGAAAGGAUGUGCUGCCCGUGACAAUGUAAUUACAUUAUUCGGAACCACACGGCAGCAGCACCAGCACUACCUGCGAAGGGUGCGAAGACGGCUGCGUCGGCAGCAGCACCGACAGCAGCAGUAAACGUGCCUGCAGUGUCAGGCACAUAUGCCUAAUAAAGAGAAGGAACCAACGUGAAGGC